GGAGGGAAGAGAGCGGCGGGAGUGAGCGGGGAGCUGUGCUGAGAGUGCGGGAGAGAAGGAGUGUCCUCCUGCGGGAGAAGGGACGGGCAGCGCGGGGACAGCGCGGGGACGGGGCUGGGAUGGCAGCGAGAGCGUUGGAAAGGCAGCAGCCCGGAGCGAGCUCCGGAUGGGCGCUGCACGGGCGGAGAGUAAACAACACUUUCUAGCUGCGUGCAGAGCGGGGGAGGGCGGUGGGGGGUGGAGAUCCGUUCCGCUACAGCCUGUAGUCAGGCUCGCAGCGCGGUGCUUCUGCUCUGCCCCGGCUCGUAGCGGCAGCAGUGCGGGCAGCAGAGCAGGAGGUGCCCGUCCGUCUGUGUGGCGCUGCUGGGGCCGCAGCUCAGGGCUGCGCUCAGCGUUGGCCCCUCACUGCCAGAGAGACACUGUGGCCCUGCAGCGUGUCCAGAGAGGGGAGCGGAGCUGUGGGGGUGCGGAGUCUGCAGCACAGCGCCGUGGGGCUGCAGUACAAAGUGAUCGGGUUUGGUGGGGAAAUAGCGGCGCUACGUGGACGGUCGCGCCGGACGAUGUUGGAGGUCUUUUCCAGCCGUGCUGACUGUGUGACUCAUGAACUGCUCUCUGUCUGGCCAGGCUCCGGAUGCAGUGAGCUGAGACAGAACAGGCGCCGCGUGCUCUGCGUGGCUUUGUGUGCAGUGCCGUGCAUCCUUGUUUCGGCGCUGGUGGCCGUGAUAGUGCUCCAGCGUCCGUCGUGCUCACCUCGCCCACCCUUCUCCCACGUGUGCCCCAACGCCUGGGUCGGUUUCCAAGGGAAAUGCUAUUAUUUCUCGGACACGGAGAGUGAUUGGAACAGCAGCAGGGAGCACUGCCACCGCCUCGGAGCUUCCCUGGCUACCAUAGAGACGGAGGAGGAGAUGGAAUUCAUGCUGCGGUACCGGGGCCCAGCAAACUGUUGGAUUGGGCUGCACAGGGCAGAAGGGGCCGAGCACUGGACAUGGGCCGAUGGCAGCACCUUCACCAACUGGUUUGAGCUGCGAGGCGGAGGCCAAUGUGCGUACCUGAAUGGGGACAGGAUCAGCUCAGCCCUCUGCCACAAUGAGAAGUUCUGGGUGUGCAGCACUGCUGACAGCUACGUCCGCUGGAGGAAAGGGGCAAAUCCGCAGUGACGGAUCCCAUUCCAGGCAGCUCGUGCCAACGCUGCUGGGCCUUCCAUGCCAUCCGUGUGUGCUGGAAUCUGCCUCUUUCCAGCACUCCUGCAGGUGCUCCUGUAUGGACUCAGCCAGCUGUGCUGCUCGCUGUCUCUCAGGAAACUCAUCUGUUGCACUGUGCCUUAAGGGGGGGUCCUUUGGGGGUCCUUACAGAUCACAGCCCCACAGGACGGUUGGGUGUGCAGCUGACGAUUCUGCACGGUUCUCUCCACUUACACUAUUACUGUCAUCGUUAUUGUUAUUACGAUUAUUGUUAUUGCAAGUCUGCAUUUAUUACCCUUCCUAUCAUUAUGUUCGGCAUUAUUUCCUUUACCGUUUCUACUCCCGUUUAUUAACAGUCCCUGCCACAAUUCCCCUCCUCUACUGCCCAACUCCCCAUUUCAUCACUACUUUUCGUUCUUGUCCCAUUAUUAGCAAUAUGAACGUCAUUACCGUUAUCAGUGCCUCGAUUCCCAUUAUCACCGUUUGCAUUUCCUAUUUUCGAUUAUUACCUCGUUAUUAAUAGCUGUAACAUUUCUCUCAUUUCCACCCCAAUUUUACCACUACGUUUAAUACUGUUUUUCCUCACACUAAUACUACUCAUGCCUUCCUGAUGGACUUUAUUAAGUGCCCUUCCCACAAUGCCACCAUUUUAUUAUUACUUUACGUAGUUCUGAUCAUUAUCUGAUUAUUAAUAAUAUUUCUCUUAUGAGUAUCUGCCCGGUUCACCCCAUUUUAUCACUGCAUGUCGCCGUUAUUCUUUACACUCUUACUAAUACACUUCUUAUUUUUAUUGUUUAGUGCCCGCCCCCACUAUCCCAUUAUCAUUUCUCCUUUUUUGAUGAUUAUCCCAUUAUUAAUGCUAUCUGAUGCCAUUAUCGUCCUUGUCCCUACAGCGUGGCAUUACAAACACAGUCAUCACAGCUCAUCUUUAUUAUUUUUCUCAUUAAGAGCCCAAAUCCCCCAUUGUUUCUCCCUUUUUUAGGGGUCUCCGCUCGGGGUCUCCAUGUGAGGUUUCCAUUUUUGAGGUCUCCAUGGGGGGGUCUCCUUUUUGGUAGUCUCCAUUUGGUGUCCUCCUUUUGGGAGUCCCCUUUUUGGCAUCCCAAUGUUUGGGUCCCCAUUUGGGGGCCUCCAACUGGGGUUCCCAUUUUAAAGGUUCUAUCUUGGGGUUCACCUUUUGGUGCCUCCAUUUGCGGUCCCCCUAUGGGAAGUUGUUGUAAUAGGCGUGAUCGGGGUCUCGGGAUGUAACGUGUCAGGCUCCUCCCCAUGUGUUAGGUAUGUGCCACGUGUACCAUCCAGUGGGCGUACACGAAGGGUUAAAAGAUAUAUAAGUGCUUGUUAGAACUUAAUAAACGCCAUUUUACCGCUCAUCA